UUUACCAAAACCAUUGGUUGAAUUUGGUAAUAGACCAAUGAUUUUACAUCAAAUUGAAGCUUUGGCUGCUGCUGGUGUUACCGAUAUUGUUUUGGCUGUUAACUACAGACCAGAGGUUAUGGUUAGUACUUUGAAGAAAUACGAAGAAGAAUACGGGGUUUCGAUUACUUUCUCGGUGGAAGAAGAACCUUUGGGUACUGCUGGUCCAUUGAAAUUGGCAGAAAAAGUUUUGAAAAAAGACGAUAGUCCAUUUUUCGUUUUAAACUCUGAUGUCAUUUGUGAUUAUCCAUUCAAAGAAUUGGCUGCUUUCCAUAAGAACCACGGUGCUCAGGGUACUAUUGUUGCUACUAAAGUUGACGAACCUUCUAAAUACGGGGUUAUUGUCCACGAUAGAAACGUCGAAAACUUGAUUGACCGUUUUGUUGAAAAACCAGUUGAAUUCGUCGGUAAUAGAAUUAACGCCGGGUUAUAUAUCUUGAAUCCUUCCGUUAUUGAUUUAAUCGAUAUGAAACCAACUUCAAUUGAAAAGGAAACCUUCCCUAUUUUGGUUGAAAACAAACAAUUAUACUCUUUUGAUUUAGAAGGUUACUGGAUGGAUGUUGGUCAACCAAAAGAUUUCUUAUCCGGUACUUGUUUAUACUUGAACUCUUUAUCUAAAAGACAUCCAGAAAAAUUAUCUAACGAAAAAUUCGUUCAUGGUGGUAAUGUCUUGAUUGAUCCUUCUGCUAAAAUCCAUCCUUCGGCCUUGAUUGGUCCAAACGUUACCAUUGGUCCAAACGUUGUCAUUGGUGAAGGUGCUAGAAUUCAAAGAUCGGUCUUAUUAGCUAACUCGGAAGUUAAAGAUCACGCUUGGGUUAAAUCAACCAUUGUUGGUUGGAACUCCAGAGUUGGUAAAUGGGCUAGAACUGAAGGGGUCACCGUUUUGGGUGAUGACGUUGAAGUUAAAAAUGAAAUUUACGUUAAUGGUGCUAAAGUCUUACCUCACAAAUCAAUUUCUUCUAAUGUUGAACAUGAAGCCAUUAUUAUGUAAGUUGUUUUAACUUAUCUAUGUAAUAUACUUUUACUUCCUCUACUGAUUCCUACGAAUCCUUUAAUACAUUUUUUCUU